AUGGAGUAUUUUUUGAAACCUCAAGAAAAUAGCUUUCGAAGCUUGGUUGAGGGAAUUGAGCAUAAACAAGCCGAAAAUCUAGCAAUUCAAUCCAAGAGCUUUGACUAUGAGAUUCAGAAGCUUCGUGACAUUGCAAAGGAACGUCAUGAACUUUUUGUUGAACAAGUGACCAAAAUAAAGGAAUAUGUGGAUCUCAAAGUUGCUAAACUCAAAUCUGAGUUGUCAAAGGAAGUUCGGAAAAUAGAGCAAAACUAUACUUUAUUGCAUAGCAAAGUUGAUGUCAUUGCGACUGUUAUCUCUAAGUUGGUUGAGUUAAACACUAAGUAUACGAACAAGCUUGAAGUGAAGUCAUAA